UAUACCUGCUUGACAUACAGCAGUAGCAGCAGAGACUCAAUUAUUUAAGUCUCGAUAAGUAACGAUGUCGUUCACUGUUUUAUAUAAGACAGUAAGCUUGAGAUCUGCCUAUAGACUACACAGGAUACGAGGACACAUGAUGAGCAGUAGCGCGGGUGCAGAGGUUCUGUUGGAGAGGGUCGGGAACGCAGGCGUGAUCACCUUAAACAGACCCAAAACCCUAAACGCCCUCAACCUCUCCAUGGUCCGACACAUUUACCCCCAGCUGAAGAAAUGGGAGAACGAUCCCGAAACCCAGAUCGUGAUCAUCAAGGGUGCUGGAGACAAAGCUUUCUGCGCUGGAGGAGAUAUCAGAGCUGUUACAGAAGCCGGAAGAGUCGGAGAUUCUCUUGCGCAGGACUUCUUCCGUGAGGAGUACAUCCUGAACAACGCUAUAGGUACCUGUAAGAAACCGUACGUGGCCCUGAUCGACGGGAUCACCAUGGGAGGGGGUGUUGGACUGUCCGUCCAUGGGCGGUUUCGAGUGGCUACGGAGAGGACGCUGUUCGCCAUGCCCGAGACGGCCAUCGGGUUGUUUCCCGACGUUGGAGGCGGCCACUUCCUGCCGAGGCUCCGGGGCAAGCUGGGACUCUUCCUGGCCCUGACGGGGUUUCGCCUCAAGGGUCGAGAUGUGCAAAGAUCCGGGGUCGCCACGCACUUCGUCCAGUCCGAGAAGAUCGCGGCUCUUCAGAAGGACCUAACGGAGCUGAAAUCUCCCUCGGCCGGCGUCGUGGCCCAAGUGCUCGACUCUUAUCAGGAGCAGAGUUCUCUGGAUGUGGAGAAGCCGUUCGUCCUGCAGCAGCACACAGAAGCCAUCGAUGGGCUGUUUGACGGCAGCAGCGUGGAGGAGAUCAUGAAGAACCUGCAACAGGAUGGGUCGGCUUUUGCAAAGAAGCAAGCCGAGACUCUGAUGAAGAUGUCGCCGACCUCGCUGAAACUGACCUUCAGGCAGCUGCAGCUCGGAGCCAAACUGAGUCUGCAGGACGUUCUGGUGAUGGAGUACCGGCUCAGCCAGGCCUGUAUGAGAGGACAUGAUUUCUACGAGGGGGUACGAGCAGUGAUAAUCGAUAAAGAUAACCGUCCUGAGUGGAAACCCUCGACUCUGGCCGGCGUUACCGAACAGGCCCUGGAGGAAAGUUUCACCUCACUGGGAGACAAAGAUCUCACACUGUAAACCACCUCCGUGCAUCCCUCGUCCCUAAUUCGGGCAGAAACCCGAGCAGUCGUAUUUUGUUCUUUAUCGAAAUAGGAAUCGCUGACACGCGCAAUAAAUGUCGAGCUCCCGGAGUAACAGAAUAGCAGCGAAAGUCCUCGUCUGAGACGCUGAACAGAUCUGCUCACCUUAAAAAAAAUAUAUGUUUAUUAGGCGCCACGAGUCUGUAUUUUUCUCCACAACCCAGUUCAACAUCCAGGGUUUGAUCAGAACGAACACGGCACGCUUUGUAUCCUGGAAUAAACGAUGUGUGACACGCCA